AUGGGGUGGUGGCUGCUGGCUGUGGGGCUGCUGCUCUGCCUGCUGCUUCGCUUCACCCUACGCAGCCCCGCGCCGCCGCUCGCCCUGCCCCCGCUGCACGGCCGCACCGCCGUCGUCACCGGGGGCAGCAGUGGUAUCGGGGAGGCUGCGGCACGGCAGCUGGCACGGUGCGGGGCGCGCGUGGUGCUGGCAACGCGCAGUGCGCUGCGGGGAGAAGAGGCUGCGCGGCGCAUCCGUAGGGACACGGGGAACCCCGAGGUGCUCUUCAUGCCUCUGGACCUCAGCAGCCUCCACUCAGUGCACGCCUUCGCCACCGCCUUCCUGCAGCAGGAGCCCCACCUGCACCUCCUCAUCAACAAUGCCGGAGUGAGCGCCGGGGGCACGACGGAGGAUGGUUUCAGCCUGCCGUUCCAGGUGAACCACCUGGGCCACUUCCUGCUGACCCGACUGCUGCUGCAGCGCCUGCAGAGCAGCGCCCCGAGCCGUGUGAUCAUCGUCGCCUCCUCUGCACACUGUGCUGGCCGCCUGCGCAUGGCUGAGCUCGGCCGCCCACCCCCCGGCCCCUUUGCUGCCUUCCAGGAUUACUGUGACAGCAAGCUGGCCAACGUGCUGCACGCACGGCAGCUGGCAGCACGCCUGCAGGGGACUGGAGUCACUGCCUAUGCCGUGCACCCAGGUUUUGUCAACACGCAGCUGUUCCGUCACGCACCGCUGUGGUUGCAGCUGCUGUGGACUCCGCUGUCCCGGUUCUGCUUCCGCAGUGCAGCUGAAGGCGCUCGCCCAGUGCUGUUCUGUGCCACGCAGGAUGGCCUUGAGCCCCUCAGUGGCUGCUACUUCGCCGACUGCCGCCCUCUGCAGCCUUGGGCUCAGGGCAGGGAUGAUGCUGCAGCACGGGAGCUGUGGGACCGCAGCGAGAGGCUGUUGGGGCUGCAGCCCUCCUUGUGCACACCUGUGGAAUAAAUAAGUCCUGCAGUUGUGUUGCACGGUGUCAUGCAGCUCCCCAAGCUGCCCUGGUGCCAUCUUCUGCAUGCCAUCCCGUGCACACUUGCACAUGCAGAACAGCUCGUCCAGCUUUGCAAAGAGUGCAGUUGCUACAAUGCAGCACGCUCUGCCUUGCACACACAUGCACAAGCUGUGUGCACGCCCUGCCUUGUCAAUACAUGCAUGUGCACACAAAUGCUGCAGUGUGAAUGCGCUCUGCUUUGCAUAGUGCAACAAAUCACACUGUAGUGUGCACACUGCACCAUGCACUGCAUUGCACACUCUGCAACAAAGCAUGCCCUAAUGCACACACACUGCAAUGCACACACAUGCACUGCACUGCACAUGCACAUACACUACACACAUUGCAUAUGUCCUGCCUUGUGCAUGCACACACAGCCUUGCACGCACACAGUACAUGCUUUGCAACGCCUGCACUGCACUGCACGUGCCCUGCCUCGCACACACUGCAUUGCACAUGCAUGCAUACACUGCACACGUGCUGAACUGCACACACUGCAUUGUAUACAGCCUCGCACAUUAAGGAACACACUGCUGUGCACUGGCCACCCUCUGCAUGGCACGCCCUCCCCUUGCAUU